AUGUCACAUCCCUGGAAGGCUGGGAAGAAGAAGAUCCUGGCACUUGGUUUAAUCGAGGAGCACGAAAUACGGCGGAAAAUGUCAACCGAAGGCAGCACCGACGUGCAAGUGCAGGUGAAGGAGGGCGAGAAGAACCCGUGCUUCGUGUGCAUGGGCGUCUGCUUCCUGCUGACCGUCCUCUUGGUCGUGCUCACCGCGCUCAUCGUGCAAUACGUCAGGCAUAAUCUCUCUACGAACGGCACUGCUGCGGAUGGUCCAAAGUGCAAGGCGGCGCUCGAGUUGACAGCCUGCAACUCGGAGACGGAGCAGUACUUCUUCCACCAUGACCCGGACAAAGAGGCCUGCUUGGUGCGGUGGCUGCUGGACGCUGGCUGCCUCGAGGGGAAGAACCGCUUCGCCAGCGCUUCCGAGUGCCGGGAGCGUUGCGUCGGGAACUCUUCGGAUGAAGGAGCAAGGCAGAAUCCGUCGGCGGAAUGCAUGGAGCCCGUCAAGGCCGCGCCUUGCAAGGACGAGGAGAUGAAGCGGCGCGACCAUCGGUACUUCUUCGAAGACGGCAACUGCACCGUACAGAUGGGCCCCAAGUGCUUGUACGGCCCUAAUCGGUUCGUCUCCGCCCAGGAAUGUCACGAAUUCUGUCUUGACACGGAGGAGCCGGCGUGCCGCGUGCCCCGGUUCCAGGGUGCGUGCCGUAUGAGCGAGAAGCGCUUCGUCUACUACUACGACAGCUCGACGAAGGCUUGCGUCUCCUGGCGCACUCCCUGUCUGGCGGGACCUAACCGCCAUGAAUCACUGGCCGGCUGCACCGAGACUUGCAGCCGGAACAUAUUCAAGAGGCUUGUGGGAUGAUGCCGCGCGCUGAGCUACGUGUCGCUUUUCUGUUGAAACGAAUGAAACGCCAAUGAUUACAGUGACUAUAAUAUCGUAACACGCCUAUAUCGCAA